AUGGCGAGUUGGGAAGAACUCCCACAAGAGAUCCUAGAACUCAUCGCUCGACGGCUAGACAUAGAAGAAUUUUUAGCUUUUGGAGGGGUGUGCACCUCAUGGCGGUCUGCUGCCACCAACGACAAGUACAAUGCGAAGUCGAAAGCCCCGUGGAUCAUGACUUAUGUGUGCAGGCAAAUAGCUGAGUUCUCCAGACCCUCUACAGGGAGAAUUUACCCGAUGCGGGUGCCGGGAUCUGAUGCCCAAACCUUGUCUGUACCAGGAUGGAUACUCGCGUUACGGGGGGACAGUGACUACCGUAUCUUCAAUCCGCUUUCACGCGUCAGCAUCGAACUCCCCGCCUUGGAGAAGCUUCACCACGAGUCACGCGUUAGUGAGGAACUCGACAGGCUGAAGAGGCCCCGGCACGGCCCCCCUAUGAUCAGCAUGAUGGCGUUGUCCUCAAGCCCUUCUUUGUCCAGGAGCUACACGGUCAUGAUCUCUUGUAUCACAUCACCAGGGCUUGCCUUUCACAGAUCAGGAGAAGAUGCGUGGACGGUAGUGAGUCUUGCGACCGACCUGCGUCGGUUCACCGUCCUUGGACUGAUUUAUUACGAUGGGCUAUUUGUGGCUGUGGAUGCACAUGGCCAAAUAUUGACUCUUAACGAGAGAAAGCAUCGCAUGGAAUUGCGACUAGUUCUAGGGCUGAGUUAUGUUGAUGGUGAUCCAUAUCUCGUCGAAUGUUUGGGCUCAUUGCUGGUGGCUUGGAUGAUAUGGGGCGAAGGGGAUGAACCCGUGAAAAAGAUCCGAGUUUUCGAAGUUGAUUUGGAGAAGGGAACUGAGGAAGAGGUCAAGAGCCUGGGAAAUGCGUCUCUCUUCUUGAAUAACUACUCUUGGUUCUCGGUGGAGUUCAAGCCAAAGUCUUGCCUUCCCGGGAUCAAGCCAAACCACAUCUAUUUCACAGAUUACACAGAUAGGAAGAAGAAGAGUUACAGCAUGAACGACGGAAAGGUUGAGACAUACUUCGAGUCUUGCCUUCCCGGGAUCAAGCCAAACCGCAUCUGUAUCUCGAAGUACGAAGAUGAGAAGAUGAAGAGUUACUACAUGGAGGACGAAAAACUCAAGACAUAUUUUGAUGCAACUAGCAGUCACUUCAACGAAGCCGAAUGGUUCCAACCUGAUUUUUAA